GCACUGCCGCUUCUCCCUUCGUGCGCUUUGCCUUUCUUAUACCCCCUUUCCUGCCCUCAGAACGGGUUGGCUGGCUGCGUUGCUGCCGCGCCGGUGUGCCCGGCGGAGCUGCAGGCGGGCCCCGGGUAGCGGUAGUAGCUGGCCGCGGUGUCUCCUCUUCGCGGUGUCCGAACGCGCCCGGUGUGCGGGCCGAGCGGCCAGUAACGGCUCCGGGGCCGGGAGUGAGGUGUGCUACCGGGAAAGGCGAGCGCCGAGCCCCCCUUCUGAGGCCGGGGAUAUUAAAUGCAUGUUGGGACUGCCUGCUGUGUGCUUUUCGUAUGGGGUUAUCUGCUCUGGCGCUGCACCACACGCAGAUCGGAAGGACCUGAAGCGGUCAAUAAAGCACAUCUUCAAGAGGAAAACAGCCCUUGUCACAGAGAAUCGUGUGGUUCGGCGAAGCACGUCUUCUCCCUUCCCCCUGCUCCCCAGGACGUGGCAACACCGACUCCUGCUCUUCGAGGAUCCCUGAGCUUGCCACAGCAGCUCCUCUGUCUUGCAGCCUCCAUUUCUCCUGUUACAAGUGCUGCCACUGCUGUUUAACACUAUUUGAGGAAGAGUGCGAGGUGCUUGUCAAAAUGAGAAAGUGACCAUCAGCGCCUGGCUUGGUGUUACAGAGCCACCUGGAGCCAGCGCUCAGCCCAGCUGAAGCCGGAGGAGAAAGGAGGAGAAGCACAGCCUGAUCAGGAAUGUUCACCCUUGCAGAAGUUGCAUCACUCAAUGACAUCCAGCCAACUUACCGGAUCCUGAAACCAUGGUGGGAUGUGUUUAUGGAUUAUCUAGCUGUUGUCAUGUUAAUGGUUGCCAUUUUUGCUGGAACCAUGCAGCUGACCAAAGACCAGGUGGUCUGCUUGCCAGUUCUGCAGUCUACUGUAAAUACAAAGCCACAACCCAGUACAUCGGGGAAGGCUGACUUCACCACUGUUGAAACAACCACUGGUCAAGGAGAAGUAACAUCGAUGGGAACGGUUUCCUUUGGGAGUGCCCCUACUGUAACACCUGAUGUACUUCUGAGCAGAGCUACCUCGUCUCAGUAUCAACCCACUGAAUCAGGCCAGGAGCUGAAAAAAGAGCAGAAAGAUUCCUCAGGCCGUAAAACCAACUUGGAUUUUCAGCAAUAUGUAUUUAUUAACCAGAUGUGCUAUCAUUUGGCUCUUCCUUGGUAUUCCAAGUAUUUCCCCUAUCUUGUUCUCAUCCAUACUAUCAUUUUAAUAGUCAGUAGCAAUUUUUGGUUCAAGUAUCCCAAGACUUGCUCAAAAAUUGAGCAUUUUGUGUCUAUAUUGGGGAAGUGCUUUGAGUCCCCUUGGACUACCAAAGCCUUGUCUGAAACAGCAUGUGAGGACUCAGAGGAGAACAAACAGCGGUUAACUGGUGCCCAGUCCCUACCCAAGUAUGUUUCCACUAGCAGUGAUGAAGGAAGCCCGAGUGCCAGCACUCCCAUGAUAACUAAGUCUGGCUUCAAGUUUUCAGCUGACAAGCCAAUGAUUGAGGUUCCCAGCGUCACUAUCUUAGAUAAGAAAGAUGGAGAGCAAGCCAAAGCACUGUUUGAGAAAGUGCGUAAGUUCCGGGCUCACGUGGAAGACAGUGAUCUGAUUUAUAAGCUCUAUGUUGGCCAGACUGUCAUCAAAACUGUCAAGUUCAUAUUUAUUCUUUGCUAUACUGCAAACUUCGUCAACACCAUCAGCUUUGAACACAUCUGCAACCCAAAAGUGGAACACCUGAUUGGUUACACCCAGUUUGAGUGCACACACAACAUGGCUUAUAUGUUGAAGAAACUGCUCAUCAGCUAUAUUUCCCUCAUUUGUGUCUAUGGCUUUAUCUGCCUCUACACCCUUUUCUGGCUGUUCCGAAUACCUUUGAAGGAAUAUUCAUUUGAGAAGGUCAGAGAAGAGAGUAGCUUCAGUGAUAUCCCUGAUGUCAAAAAUGACUUUGCAUUUCUCUUGCACAUGGUAGAUCAGUAUGACCAGUUGUAUUCCAAGCGUUUCGGUGUCUUUCUGUCAGAGGUAAGUGAGAACAAGCUACGGGAAAUCAGUUUAAACCAUGAGUGGACUUUUGAGAAGCUGCGGCAGCACGUUUCCCGCAACGCCCAGGACAAACAGGAGUUGCAUCUCUUCAUGCUGUCGGGGGUCCCUGAUGCUGUGUUUGACCUGACAGAUCUGGAUGUGUUGAAACUGGAGCUGAUUCCUGAAGCUAAAAUCCCAGCGAAAAUCUCCCAGAUGACAAAUCUCCAGGAGCUUCACCUGUGCCACUGCCCUGCCAAGGUUGAGCAGACUGCUUUCAGCUUCCUGCGGGACCAUUUGAGAUGUCUUCACGUGAAGUUCACAGAUGUUGCAGAGAUUCCUGCAUGGGUCUAUCUGCUCAAAAACCUCCGGGAGUUGUACUUGAUAGGCAACCUGAACUCUGAAAACAACAAAAUGAUAGGGCUCGAAUCCCUCAGAGAGCUGAGGCACCUGAAGAUUCUCCAUGUGAAGAGCAAUCUGACCAAAAUCCCCCCCAACAUCACAGAUGUCGCCCCACAUCUGACAAAGCUAGUCAUUCAUAAUGACGGCACUAAGCUUGUGGUACUCAAUAGCCUUAAGAAAAUGACUAAUGUCGCGGAGUUGGAACUGCAGAACUGUGAACUGGAGAGAAUUCCCCACGCCAUCUUCAGCCUCUCUAACUUACAGGAACUGGAUUUAAAGUCAAACAGCAUACGCACAAUUGAAGAAAUCAUCAGUUUCCAGCACUUAAAAAGAUUGACUUGUUUAAAGCUAUGGCACAACAAAAUAGUCAACAUUCCUUCCUCCAUUACCCACAUAAAGAAUUUGGAGUCUCUUUAUCUCUCCAAUAACAAACUCGAAUCCUUACCAGCUGCAGUGUUCAGUUUACAGAAACUAAGGUGUUUAGACGUGAGCUACAACUCCAUCGCGUUGAUUCCUGUGGAAAUAGGUUUGCUUCAAAACCUGCAGCAUUUUCACAUCACAGGCAACAAAGUCGAUGUUUUGCCAAAGCAGUUGUUUAAAUGUGUUAAGUUGAGGACUUUGAGUCUGGGACAGAACUGCAUUACCUCAAUCCCAGAUAAAAUCAGUCAACUGCUGCAGCUGACUCACCUGGAACUGAAGGGAAACUGCUUGGACCGCCUGCCAGCCACGCUGGGGCAGUGUCAGCUUCUCAGGAAAAGCGGGCUCGUGGUGGAGGAUCACCUCUUUGACGCGCUGCCCUCAGAAGUUAAAGAGGUGUUGAACCAAGACACAAGCAUUCCGUUUGCUAAUGGGAUCUAGGCGGAGGUGAAGUGCUCUCUGGUAGCUGACUUCCAAAUGGCAUAUGCUAAACAGUAUGGCAAUUGCAAGACCAUGCAGAGGCGGGACUGCUCUAGCAGGGUUAGAAGAGGUGUAACCGAGUGUUCAAUGUUUGCAGUGUUUAGAAAGAUUAUUUCCAAGAUUUUGGACAGGGUAACAAACCUGAAUAAUCUCAAUUCCUUUUUUUUUCUCUCCCCUUAAAUUGUUUGUAACAUGGAUGCUGCCGCUUUUGAAUGUUUACAGAUUUGCUUGCCUGCUUAAAGUAAAUGAUUAAAUUGAUGACCUUUUCUUACUAUGCAAGUUGUUCCUUAAGGUCUGGAUUUACUUUAGUGCAUUAUGGGGGGGAAAACACAAUGAUAAAUGUAUAUGGUAUGGUCCUACCAGCACUCAAAACACAUGUUGAUGUGUAUUGUUAGUGUUUAGCCAUCCUCCAAUGAAACCAGCUUGGCUGUGCUUUGAACUGCACCAGAACCACCAUUUACAGGCAUUAAGGUAUGUGGCUUGCAUCAGGCCAAGUGUGUUUGCUUUCUUCAUCCUCAAUGCCUCAUGUUGUUGGAUAAGAUUUCUGCUGUGGUCCAGUGUCUGGUCCUUCACACUGGCAAAGACUGGUCCCAUUCCUGCCACUGGUCUCUUCCUCAGUUUCCAUAAGGUUCCUCUGUCCCACCAUCAGUGGGUGGUAAAAGAGAGAACACUGUCACUUGGCUUCCAAGUUGGGGAUAGUUUUGGUAUUUGAACUGGUUUGCAAGGCGAAUCAAAAGCCAUCAAACACCACUUUACUGCUUAUGGUUUGCUCCUCUUCUGAGUUUUCAACUUGAGGCAUUUUAUGAGUUGGUGAUUGUUGUUUCACAGGCCUUGCUUAGGAACUGGGGUGUCUGCUCCAUUUCCUAGACUGAUGACAGAGGCAUAGAAGUUGUGAUUUACCCAAACAUGAUUUAGCUUUACCACCUAUUGUGGUGUGGCUCCCACACCUGAACUUCAACCACAGGACCACCUUUUUCCCCCACCCCAUCCCAAGUAGUUUGAUGGUUUUGAACACUUAAGUACUGUUAGAAAAGCCUAGCUAUGUGCCACAUAAGUCAUCAAAUAAAGGAAAAAGCAGACAGCAAUGAG